AUGUCACCCUAUAGGAAGAAACAGCGCACCAUCUUGGACAUGGUUGACUUGGACGCUCGUCACAGGAAGGACCAGGCUGUGAUGAAUGCUCUUAUAGCCUGCUUCGACCCGCUACACUUUCGACAGUUGCUUAUUCGCUGGGUGGCCUGCGACAACGUCUCUUUCAACAAGCUGGAGAGUCCAUACUUCCGCGAGCUUAUGGAAUACACAAACAGUGCUGUUAUUGAGUCAGGCAGUCUGCCAACCCAUAACACGAUGCGUGAUUGGAUUGUAGGAGCCUUCAAUCGUCACAAAGGUGUAGUUACUGAGCUGCUCGGUCGCUCUCUCAGCCGCAUUAAUAUAUCAUUUGACGUGUGGACGUCCCGCAAGUUCACUUCCCUUCUCGGCCUGACCGUGCACUUUCUCGACGACGGAGGCAAGUUGCGUACAUUUUUGCUUGGCUUGCCACGAAUUGAGGGUCAACAUAGUGGCGAAAACCUUGCAGACCGGGUUAGUGAAAUCAUCCACGAAUAUAAUCUCAACAGCCGCGUUGGAUACUUUAUCACAGACAACGCAGAGAGCAACGACACUUGUCUUGAUGAGCUCGCUGGUGAGCUUGGGUUCAAGAAGCAGCACCGCCGACUUCGGUGCUGCGGGCACAUCAUUAACCUUGUGGCCCGAUCUAUUUUGUUUGGGACGGAUGCCGACGCUUUCGAGGAAGAUUGCUAA